AUGGAUAUCCAAAUAGAAGAAGACAUUUGCAUAUUAUGUUUAAAUAAUUCAGUACCUAGAAAUAGGUUUAUCAUCAACGGAAAGGACUCGGUGUUAAACACUGCCUCGAAGCUAUUCAACAACCUACCGAACAAUUGGAAGUAUACACUAACGACUCGUUUUAGGAACAUUGCCAGUGGGGAUAUAAAUUUCUUGUGCAGGACCUGCCUAAAACUUCUUGAGAAAAGAGACAGAAUUUUAUCAAAUUUAACAGGAGUUGAGAACAAGAUCCAAGGACAUUUUUCCACCAAGAGAUCAAGUGAAACAGAUCUUGCGUCUCCAUCAAAAUUUAUCGCACUCAGCGACGAUGAGGAAGCGUACAUACCUAUUCACACAUUACAACCCAAAGCACACAGUACUCCAGUCAAAGUUGUUCCAAAAGUUUCGAAAAUCAAAAAAUCUUUUUCCGAAUGCGAAACUGGCGUAAAGGUAUGUUCUUGCGGAAUUCAGCACAUUUUUACAUUAUAUUUUUACCACAAUAGUGACACAUAUAAACAUGUGAUUAUGUAUUUAUUAUUUAUAAUAUAAAGGUCCUCCCUCAGAAAAAUAUACAUUCAUAUAUUUUUUUUAAAACUUUAUAGCUUACAGUGAAAUGGCCUUCUCAGACCAAAGAACGUACAAUUCAACCUGAACUGGAACCCUUAGGCCGAGCCCUCCUUAGAGGGACAUGGAAGGAAAUUGCGUCAGCUGUAUACCGUGUUAAAGAGAUUAGAUCAGAGCUCAUCAAAUGCAUGUUGAAGCAACUGUCAGUAGAAUGCUGUGAUAUUAUUUCAUCUAAAAGGCCAUCCUUACUGAGAAAAACUACUGCGAGUGAUAUUCGUAAGCUGUCACUAGCCAAUAUAUGCCACGAAAUAAAGGAGCGUGCUCCACUAUUGUAUUCAGUCAUGAUGACUACUGCCACUCCUAAUAGAAAGAAAUAUGAUGCCACUGAAUGGUUGCCAAGUGUUGCUAUAGCUGCAGCUGUUCUUUUAAAACAAAGAUGUCGAAUGGUCAACAGUGUUCAGCUUUUGAUCAUGACAAUAAUAAAGUUCUCCGGAUUUCAGGUAUGUUUAGUAUGUUUAACAACAUGCAUAUAACCUGAUAGCCAAUACUGUAGGUACAUACUUGUUAGUAAAUAUUCUGUUAGAUAGUAAAUAUUCCGUUAGUACAUGUUAGUAAAUGUUCUGUGGACAGCUGGUAAGUAUUUACUUAUGAACAGUCAAUAAUAGUUGUGUCAGAACUAUAAAAGAAAGAUAUGUCAGGUCUUGGCAAUGUAUAAUUGAAUCAUAUCAUAAAUGUUAACUAACAGACCAAUUUUCUCUACAUAAAAAACUCGGCAAGGUUCUGAUUGCUAAAUUCAAAAUUACAGUAUAAUAUUAAUUAAAUAAAUGUAUUUCUAACCUGGUUCCUGCCUCUUUCCAGUUUUUUCAUUACAAGCUCCAAAUGUAUUGUUCUGUUUGUUCCAAGUGUAGGGGGGAGGGCAAGGGGGGGGCAAUUUGCCCCAGGUCCCAUGCUUAAAGGAGCAAUGUCACCCACACAAACAAGUUUUCCAAUUCAAUAUGACGGAUUCUCGAAGCGGCUUCACAAAUUAUAUGCAAAAAAUACAUAGUUUUGUACCAUUGAGCUUGCUGUAGAGGACCACGAGGGGAGUAUUUUAGGCACCGAACAAUUUCCGAAAUUUUGUUGUUAUGCGCAGAAAAUAUGCGCACCAGGUGACACUGCUCCUUCAAGAGGGGCCCCAAAAGUAAAUUUUAUGGAGUGGAAGGGGCCCUAUAAACUCCCAAUAGGGUAUUUUCACCCGUGCCUCCCAAAAAGCUGUGGGCAACCCUGACUGUGGAUAUCAAUUACUUGAAAUUGCCACUACUUUGAUGCUCCCAACCUCACACAAAGGUUAGGAACAUCAAAUUAGCAGUUGUUUUCAAAUACUCAAAUUAAUUCCACUCUACUGUAUGUUUUAAGAUUACAUCUUUAUUGUUUUUAGACAUUGUGUGGACUUUUCUCAACAAUGAGGAUUGGUGUAUCUGCUUCUUACUAUAACAAAAAAAGUGAUGAAUUUGGCAGUAUUUUCAAUGAAAAUCUUGUUCAAGAGAAGGCUUCUGAUGAGAGCUCAAUGUCAAUUUUGGAACAAAAAGGUGCUGAUUCUGAUAAGACAACAUCAACAGAGAAAGGUACUGAUUGUACAUUUAUUUAUUUCUGAGUUUUCAAACCGGUUUCUCAUAAUGGUCACAUGAUAGGAUGUAUCAGCGUGUUUGGUGGACUUAGUUAUCAUUUAGUUCAGUUUGUUAAUUAAGAUUGUUGUACUACAUGCUGUUACCUUUAACAUUUGUAUUAUACUGUAUACAAUAAACUAUCCAGCUUCCUGUGGCAGAACAAAUGAUAUCCCAGAUAGCUAGUUCAACACACCUAUACAAUAAUCGCAAGUGGCAACAAACCAAACUGAAUUAUUUUUUCCCAGCUCAUAAUACAGCAACUCCUCCAGACAAUGAUGUAUCUCUUCCUUUGACUUCAUGUCAAGUUGAUAUUCCUCAAACUCCAGAUGCUGAUCUUCAUUCUACUAAAGAGCAUCUUUCUGCUGGUUGUAAAUAUGUAAUAGACAACUAUGACAUGUUUCAGAAAGUACGUACAAUGACAGAAAUUAAUCAGAAUAGGGACAUCCACUGGGUGAAUCAUAACAGAGUAUCAAACCGAGUUUCUGGUAAUCAUCUCCAAGACAACACAGCAAUUUGUGAUUUGAAGAACCUGGAUAACUCCAAAGUUACUCCUUCAGUUAUUGAACACAUAAUGCAAAGAAAUAACUACAUCACACUUAUUGAAAGAAUAUUGGUGUCUUCCAUAAGUUAUCUCAAAUUUUGCAAGGGUAUAGUAAAUCAGCAAAUUCCCCAUAAGCAUGUCAAGGAGUCUGGAAUGAAGUCCAAAAAAGUAAGUCUCCCAUUCAUAAAUAAAUUCAUUCUUUCCUUAAUUAUUAAUAUUGGAAAUUAAUAAUGGUAAUAGAACGAAUAGGAGUUCAAUUAAUGCCAAAAUCAUAUAAGUGAUUUGUUAAUCACACGUAUGACUUUUGCAUUAAUAAAAUGACUUCAUUCGUAUAUAUCUUCUGUAAAGAAAACAAAAUUCAUGUUUUAUAUCCUGAAUGCUGAUUGGCUAGUUGUAAAUACUAGAGUCAUAAGUGUUUUUCAUUGGCUGUAACCAAUGAAAUUGCAUUAUUUGCCACUGAUUACAGAAUAUAUAUAGUUAAUACAUUAAUUAGCCCAUCAAUAGUGAGAAAAGCCAGGCCUCAGAAUAAAGACACAGUCCUAGCCAGUGUGCGUUUGAGGGGCGUUUGAGGUGAAUACCUCUCAAACACGCACUGGCUAGGACCAUGGCGCAAGCAUUUUGAUGAUGAAUUACGGUUACGCCAAAAUCGUUGGAAAAUCAUAGGAAAUAUAGACGGAUUUUGUGGGGGGUGCUACCCCCCCCAAUAUUACCUUUACCCCCCCCCCCCCCAACAAAAUGUCCACCCCUCCAAAAAAAAUUUCAACCCCCAACCUAAUAUUGGGCAUAAUAAAAAAUAAUUAAAUAGUCCACUCCAACGUGCAGAGUGUUGAUGAUACAAAAUAAACGUAGGAGUACAGGUACACUCUAAUAGAAAAAGACAGUGCAAUACUCUGAAACUAAUCGCUCCUCACUUGCAUUCACUGGUUUAUUGGAGCAAUUGUAAAUUUUGAAACUCUAUUAUCUCCCCUGAAUAGAGUUUGCAGUGCCUUGCAUGCAAAUAGCUUGCUUGCAAGGAACAUUUGGAAUUUUUACGAACAUUAUUUUUAGUUUUUAAUUAUUUUAGGAAAUAGUCUUGCCUAGAUUUAAUCUUUUCGCCCCAAAUAUUAUUUACAUCGGAGUUGCAUCAUAAAUUGUACUCGGAUUCAAAUGACACAAUGUCAAUGACUUUAUAAAUUAAAGUGAAAGUGUAUUGGCCUAUUGGGUUUACACUUUUACAGGUUCAUUUAACUUUAACUCUCUCAAGUCUCAACAGACAAUCGGACAGGCCAAAUCCAUUGAUAUGACAACUUCAAAAAACGUUUUUUCGAUUCUAGAACUCAUGAUUUUUUUCAAAUUUUUCCAGGGAUACUUUGUUUUCUGCACUCCAGACUCCCCCUCACGGCUAUAGUGCUCUACCCCUAGGACAUAGACCUUACUGGGGUUUGGUGACACUUUGUGUUGCUUCAGUCACCUGCUCACUGCUCACCCCCCUAAAAUUUCUGGCACCACCCCAGUAAAAAAUAUGAAAAUCCGUCUAUGAUAGGAAAAACCAAGAAGUCGGGCUUCUGUGUAGUCUAUUCUGUGGCCAGGCACAGGGAUAAGUAUUUUUUUUAUAAUUAAUAUCCAUACAAUAAUUAUAAACUUCUCUACAGGAAUGUCUUGGAAUUAUGUUUGACGAUGAAAACACAACAGAUGGCAUCGCAAAAGUCCUGACAAAACUACACGGCUACAUACCAAAAGCAACAAAUGGCCAAAACAAAUCAAUUUACCACGAAGCUGGCGUUGUGGGCGACCAAUUAACUAUUGAGAGGGCAGUAAAUCGCUUGUUAUCACUAUCAAAUGGGUUCACUCCGGAUGAAAGGUUGGAAGGAAUACAUACCGAGAUUGCAGACUGGCAUGCCGAGCUUAAAUUUCUUUUGGUAAGUCGGAUCUUCAUAAUGCCCAAUAACCCAUUCAGCAGCAAUAUACUCUUGAUCUUAUCUGCAGUCUAACAUCACAUUAUUUUGCUAUUUAAAUGUCAAGGAGUUGAAGGAGAAUUAGUGGGAAGAUGAACUAGUAUAUGCACCCUUUUUUAGGUUAAGCAAAUCCAAAGUAGUAUUUUAUUUAAAUUUAUAUUGUGAUUUAUAGUUCUUAUGGAUAUCUGUGCAUGUUUUUCUAAUUUUAGUUAAUUUACACAAGAAUGUACUCGACAAGUUCUGCUGAUGACCAAUGUGCGCUCUUCGCAGACAGAAAUUUAAUAAACAGAAGGAAUGUUUCAAGUGAUACGAAACAACAUGCAUACUCCCCAAACAAGCAAAUGUUUCUCUUGGCUCUAAAAGCAAGGGUAGUUGCUGCAGGAAUGAAG